UUGCGGAAAGAAUCACCAAAAUCUUACGAUUUGAAAGGGUAGAUGUGUAAAGCAAAAAGAGCACGGCAUCAACGUGAUAAAAUAUUCAAACCCAGAAACGGGAAAAAAGCAAAAAGAAGAAAUAGAAAAAAAAAAAAAAAAAAAAAUUAGAGGACACAGAUGCUACGCUAUGUUAUGCGCAAGACAGGGCUUUUCAGCUUUCAGCAUCAAAACUAAUCGGCGGUGGCUUGUUCUUCUUCUUCUUCUUCUUCUUCUUCUGCUAAGCAACUGAGAAGAGCAAUGGAAAACGACGAGUCGCUAGCGCUUGCCCGCUCGGCAGCGUUCAAAGAAUCGGAAAGCCUGGAAGGAAAAUGCACGAAAAUCGAGGGUUACGAUUUCAACCAAGGGCUCAACUACCCUCGCCUGCUUCACUCCCUCCUCACCACCGGCUUCCAAGCCUCCAAUCUCGGCGACGCCAUUGAAGUCGUCAACCAAAUGCUAGAUUGGCGGCUCUCCGACGAGCGUAUCGCCGAGGAUUGCGACGCAAAGGAGAGAGAUUUGGAGUACAGAAAGUCCGUCAACUGUAAAGUUUUUCUAGGUUUUACUUCGAAUUUGGUCUCUUCUGGUGUCAGAGAGACGAUUCGUUAUCUUGUUGAGCAUCGUAUGGUCGAUGUUGUUGUAACCACCGCUGGUGGCAUUGAGGAAGACCUAAUAAAGUGCCUUGCGCCGACUUUUAAAGGCGAUUUUUCGCUCCCCGGGGCGUAUUUGCGCUCCAAAGGGCUGAAUCGGAUUGGGAACUUGUUGGUUCCUAAUGAUAAUUAUUGCAAGUUUGAGGAUUGGAUUAUUCCCAUUUUUGAUCAGAUGUUGAAGGAGCAAAUUGAAGAGAAUGUGUUAUGGACGCCAUCUAAGUUGAUAGCUCGCCUGGGGAAGGAGAUAAAUGACAAGAGUUCUUACCUCUAUUGGGCAUCUAAGAACAACAUUCCAGUCUUUUGUCCUGGUAUAACCGAUGGCUCCUUGGGGGACAUGUUGUAUUUCCAUUCCUUCCGCAACCCGGGUCUGAUUGUUGACCUAGUGCAGGAUAUCAGGGCCAUGAAUGGUGAAGCUGUCCAUGCAAAUCCUAGAAAGACCGGAGUUCUUAUACUUGGAGGGGGACUUCCCAAACAUCAUAUUUGCAAUGCCAAUAUGAUGCGUAAUGGUGCAGAUUAUGCUGUCUACAUCAAUACUGCCCAAGAGUUUGAUGGGAGUGAUUCCGGUGCUCACCCUGAUGAGGCUGUAUCGUGGGGGAAAAUACGUGGCUCUGCUAAAACUGUUAAGGUGCAUUGUGAUGCAACGAUCGCUUUUCCUCUUCUGGUUGCAGAAACAUUUGCCAAGAAAUCUACUAAUUUCCAGGCAACGUGAUUGGAACAAAUCUGUGGCUGACAGUAUCAGACAAAGCAGGAGAUGAGAGUGAAGAUUUUUGAGAGUCUCAAUAAAGAUUUUUGAGAGUGAAGAUGAUAUGCUGUUGUCACUCGGAACCGAACAAAAAACUGAAAAAGUAGUCGUCAAAAUGGAUUAGCUGGGGAGGCCAUUUUUGUCUUAGGUUAGAUUACAGAAAUACAGAUAUCUGAUUUUUUGAAUGGCACAAGCACAACGUUUCUAAA